AUGAGAGGUAACUCGUCCGACGUCCGUUCACGUCGCGGUGGUUCAACAGCUGCUCAUCUAGAUAGCGCUGGCCACCGCGAGAGUCCUCUAAUGGAGAGCUUCUUUGAUCGCGUAACGCAAGGGUUACGCGACGAUCUCGAGCAUGAGCGGAAUAGGCGUCUCCAGAUGGUGGACACUGCCUCGAAGCAUCGAGCUGAGUUUGCCUUUGCUCAGAUUGAGAACGAGAGAUCUCUGACAUCUCUUCGUGACGAGCUAAGGGUAGCUCGUGGGAUUGUUGAUCGGUCUCGGGCUGAGAUAACUGCUCUUCAGACCCUUGUUGAUGCCCACCAUCAGGAGCACAAGGCUCUCUGCGAGAUGCUUGAGCGCAAGGGCGUUCUUCAUCGGAAGAAUCAGCGUACUGAUGGUAAGGCUUAA